UUGCGCGGCGUUCAGUCUGUAGAAAGCCAUCGGCCGGUUUAGCGUCUAGUCCUCGCAAGUUUCGUUUCGCUCGUAAUUUUUCUCUGACUCGUGGUGUUAGUGCACAAAAGUUAGCCUUGUUUCUUGCAAAAAAGAGGUGCAAAGCUUCCUCUCGAAAAAUUUGCAAUACUAUAAUAGCUAGUUAUUUCCUAGCAGUGAAAUUUCGCCUCGACCGGUGUGGUUUUGUGCCUGCAAAGUUUCAGUGAGUUAAAAAGCAGCUAACUGUGAAAGGUGAAAAAAAGAUGGCAGCCGUUAGUUUCGAUGAGAAAGUACUUGCCGCAAAGUCGAUCAUUUGCGACAUCGAAGGUACUACAUCUUCCGUCAGCUUCGUAAAGGACGUACUGUAUCCCUACGUGCUGAAAAAUGUGGAAGAAUACCUUAAGACGCACUGGACCGACGAUGCGACCAAAACGGUCGUCGCUGCGCUGCGCGAACAAGCGGAAGAGGAUAAGAAGGCCGAGGUCGAAGGUGCUGUGACUAUUCCUGCUGAGGACUCCGAAGACGCUAUCGCCGAUGUGGUAAAGAAUGUCGAAUGGCAAAUGUCUCUGGAUCGUAAGACCGGUGCCCUGAAAACCCUGCAGGGUCUGGUUUGGGCUCAGGGCUACAAAGAAGGCGCCAUCAAGGGACAUGUUUACGACGACGUCUCGAAAGCUUUUGAACAGUGGACGCAAGCGGGUCGCAAAAUCUACAUUUACUCUAGUGGAAGUAUCGACGCUCAAAAGAUGCUGUUUGAGAACAGCGAACAAGGAGAUCUGGUAAAGUAUUUGGCCGGUCAUUAUGACACAAAGAUUGGCGCCAAGCAAGAGAAGGACAGCUAUGAGGCCAUUCUUAAGAACAUUGAGGUCACAGCUGAGGAGGCCCUCUUUCUGACCGACGUGAUUGCCGAGGCUAAAGCGGCUAAGGAAGCAGGCUUGAACGUCGUGGUCCUAGACAGACCCGGCAAUGCUGAACUGUCCGAUGAGGAACGCAAAGAAUUCACCGUAAUCUCGUCAUUCGCCGACAUCCCUAUUGAGUCGGCUGAAGAAGAAUCCACUAACGGCAAUAGCAAGCGCAAAAUUGAUGAAGCUGCCCAAGACGACGAAGCUCAGCAACCCCCCUCCAAAGUCGUCAAGGUCACAGAUGCCACACCCGGUGUGGAGAACGGUAUCGUCAAAUUGAACGGCAAAGACAGCGAAGGUUCCACGGAGCAGAUGGAGGUCGAUGCUGAAAUGACUGAUGUUAGCGCAAAGGAGGAAGAGUCUGCUAAACCAACCGAAGCAACCAAUAAGACUGAGACUAAAGCGGAAGAAUCUCCAAAGGAGGAAAACAUUGAAGUCAGUAAAACUGAUGAUACACAGGAAACGGACGCCAAGCGAGAAGAUAGUGUUAUAACCAAGGAAACGGAAACAGAGGAAAAGAAAUCAGAAACAGAGGAAAAGAAAUCAGAAACAGAGGAAAAGAAAUCAGAAACAGAGGAAAACAUGUCAGAAACAGAAGAAAAUAAGACAGAAACAGAGAAAAAGGAAACGAACACAGAAAACAAGAAACAUGAAAUGGAAAAGAGUGAAGAUAGCGCAAGUGCUGAAAUUGCACCGCCAGCUAAGAAGGCAAAAGUGGAAGAGGAAACGAUGGAUGUUGAUCAGGAAGAUGUUGCUGUCGCUAGUGUGGCCAAGGAGCAAAAUAUUGUAGAAAAGGAAGAGAAAGAAGUUGCUGACACAACUACUGCCAAACCAGCGGCGGAAGAAGCCGUUACCGAAACUACCUCGACGAAACCCGCACCAGUGGAGGAGAAGAAAUCCGAAUCUAGUAACGAUUCAACUGAACCACAGCCAACAAUUGCUGACAAAAAGGAAGAAAUACCCACAGUUACGGCUACCGAAACGGAAAAACCUGCAGAGCAAGCUACACCAGCAACAGCUAUUACUGAAAUUGCCAAGGUAGAAGUGGUGCCCAAACCAGUCCUAGUCGACAAGGAAGCUUCGAAAGUUGACGCGGAAGUUAUUUCAGAGUCAAUGGAAAUGGAUUCGGUUGCUCAGUUGGAUGUGGUCCCAAAGGCUACCGUUGAGCAAAACGAGGAAGACACUACAGCAGCAGGUGAAACCGCAAAAGAAGCUGAAGUAGAUACAGUUGCUGCUACGAAAACAGAGACAGUUGAGGAUUCUACUGAGACGAAAGAAGAACCUAAAGCUGUCGAUGAACCUAUGGAAGAGCUAAAGACAACGGAAGAUACUAAAUCGACCGAAGAUAUAGACAAAAAAUCUCAACCGGUUGAGGAAACAAAAUCUGCCGAAGAAUCGACUGUGGCGAUUGUGGAAAAAACAGCUGAUUCAGAAGUUGUGGAUGAAAAGACCAAAUCCGAACCGGUGGUUACGCCAACCGAAGAAGCAAUGGCCGUGGACGAGGAGAAACCGGUGGACAAGAAAGAUACUGUUGUUGAGCCAGAAAACGAUGAUGAAAAAUCCGAAAAAGCAUCGGAAGGGGUUCCAGAGAGUAAGGGUGUAGAAGCGACCACGGCUGGACCGGUUGAUGAAGUCGCAAACGAAGCAACAGAUGAAAAAAUGGAAACCGAUUCAUCUCCAUCCACCACGACGGAGAAAGCUCAAGCAGUAGACAAAAUGGAAGAAUCAUCUGCUUUAGAAGUAACUGAAGCUACAAAACAGGUCGAGUCCAAAUCGGAAGAGCCAGCAGCCAUGGCCAUUGAAGAACCCAAAUCGUCAGAAACAGCAGCAGUGAUUGCGGAAAAACCAGCAGCAGUUGUAGUGGAAGAACCAUCGACAGUGGAUGCGGAAGAACCUAAAUCAACCGAACCAGCAAUCGUACCCGCGGAAGAACCACCAGCAGAAACCACGAAAGAAUCAUCACCAGUAGCCACGGAAGAGCCGGAAUCGAUAGAACCAGCAGCAGACGCAGAAGAACAGAAGUCUGAAAAAGAAGAAGUCUCCACCAUCACAGCCGAAAAUGGAACACAUCAACAAAAUGGAAUUUCUAAGUCAGUCAAUGGAAAGGAACCGGCGCGAGUUCCAGAGAAUGGAGAAGCCGAUCCAAAAGUGAGCACUAAUGGGGCGAGCGGAGAUCAUGACGAAAAAGGCGACAGUGACAAAGAGAACGACACAUCAUCGACGAAUGUGGAAGAAGCCGACGGGGCAGUAACCAACAGCAACGAAAAUGGUACAACUACUAACAGCAGCCCUAGCACUACCAGCGCCACCACCACCUCCUCAGCUGACCUAGUGACCGAGAUCAAGUCCAAAAAAGUGAUCGAUGUAAGUGCUAGCACUCCUACUCCACCGGUCGAGGCGGAAUCGUAAAUUGACCCUAGCGUUAUAAACAAAAUAACUCCGUUGAUAAGUAGAUAAAAAGAGCUGUCGCGAGCGUAUUUCGAUACUUCUUUGAGAGUAAGGAAAACAGAGUAAUAUUGCAAACUUUGUAUGCUUAAGAAGGAAAGUACAUAUUAAUUACAUUUUUAUAUGAAUAUUUAUACGAUAGACGACAGGCAAGAAUACUAACCCUUUUCUCAGAAAUCUUAGAGACUAUACUUUUCUUUUUUUUUUCUUCUGUUAGAUACAACGCUCUUGCAUAAAACUGAAUUACUGAUCUUAAAAUCAUACGACCACGCGGAAUCUUUUGAAAAAUAGAAACAAGAGAGAGCAGGAGAGACGGGUUUAUACUCAAUUGACGUUGUCUCAAUUAUAGCAAAAAGGACAACAAUUCACAUUUGUACAUGAGCAGAACACAAUAUUCUUUAGUUUUUUUAGAAAAGGAAAAAUCUCUACAGAAACAGCUGUAAACGUUAGCAACUAGACACCAAUCAAAUAACACUGACGUAAGGAUACAGGAUUUUAAUGACUUAAUUUGUGAUGUCGUUUAUUUAUAGCAGUUUUCUCGUAAUAGAUCUUUACCAAUACUA